CCACAUCAGUGGUUUUGAUGCCACAACAAGGAAUUACUGUAGCUGCUACACAAGCAGCAGCAGCAACAGCAGCCGCUGCAGCAACUUUAGUCACAACAACAACUACACCGCAACAAACACGUUGCUUUACAGCACAAAAACAUCAACAGCAGCCAGAGUUAAGUGUGGAGCAGCAAUAUGAGGAAUGUAUUAGUGAUCUGAAUACGCUGCAAUCGAACGCGAUAACGAUACGCCGCUCAAUUCUGCUGAAUAAUAAACAGUUGCCAUUAACUGAUACGUACAAAUAUAUGGAGCGAAGUGGCCUUAGUUUGGAUGAAUUGGAGCAUAUACCUUUCAUACACGUGUCUGGCACUAAGGGAAAGGGUUCCACAUGCGCCUUAACCGAAUCUAUUCUUCGUGCGCAUGGCGUUCGCACGGGUUUCUUCAGUUCACCACACCUACUCUCAGUAACUGAGCGACUACGCCUUAACGGGCAACCUAUAUCGAAACAGAAGUUUGUACGUACCUUUCGGAAAGUCUAUAAUCGCCUGCGUAGCCAACAACAAUAUGAGGGUGAUAUGCCGGCUUAUUUCAAGUUCCUGACCAUACUUAGUUUUCAUCUUUUCCUCGAGGAGAAAGUCCAAGUUAUCAUUAUGGAGGUGGGCAUUGGCGGCGAGUUGGAUUGCACGAAUGUAAUAAGAAAUACCCAAACGGUCGGCAUUACCUCACUUGGCCUCGAGCAUACGCACCUGCUGGGCGAUACACUGAGCGAAAUUGCUUGGCAAAAGGCUGGUAUUAUCAAGGAAAACGCUGAUGUCUACACAUCUGUAACGCAAGAGGAGUGCCUCGAUGUGAUCAAAGCGCGUGCGAAGGAGCGUAAUGCCAACUUACACAUAGUGCCCGAGUAUGAGGAGUAUUUCCGUAAACCAGAAAUUGAAGCACUACUAUCCAACCUCAAUGAGGUAAUACGACUGAAUGGCUCGCUGGCCAUACAACUCGCCUACGAUUGGCUACGCAAGAAUGGGUAUUCACGCUACAAACAAGUCGAGUCCACAGAGCUAACCAGCGAAGUUGAACGUGGCUUGCAGCAGUGCAAUUGGCCAGGUCGUUGUGAGAUUUUGAACAUUGAGAAUUUAAAGUUUCACAUCGAUGGGGCGCACACUGUGGAGAGUAUACGCGUCUGUUGCGAUUGGUACAAGCGUGUAACUGAGAAGAGUACCAACCCACGCGUGCUCAUUUUCAAUACCACCGGCGAACGUGAUUCGAGACGUCUGCUCGAGGUUCUUCACGCCAGUAAUGAAUUCGCGAUCGUUUGUUUUGUGCCGAAUAUUUCUUCGGGCGCCUCUAAUCACAAUGACAAUACUUCCGUUUACGGAAUCACUGAACAGCUAAAGCGCGCACGUCUUCACUCGAGUAUUUGGUAUCAAUUGUGCAUGGAAUCGGAGGAAACGGAUACGUCCAAGACUUUUGGUUCGAUUGUAGAUUGUUUGCUGCAUUUGCGUCAAGUUUAUUGCGCUAAACAAGAGGUGGAUGUGCUGGUUACCGGCUCAUUGCAUCUGAUUGGCGCUACAAUGGCGGCAUUUAAAGAUUUUCAGCAAAAAUUGGAGGAACAUGGGAAUGGGAUCUGAAUAAGUAGUGUGUAUGUAUGUAAAGUAUUUAGGGGCUAUGUAGUUCUUUUAGAUAUAGAAACUUAUUUAACUGUUUGCAAAAUAUAAUCGCAAUCCCGCUAAAUAAUAAAGAAUAUAACCAUAGACAAUUAAA